AUGGAUGAAACUGCCUUAUCAGAAACAUUUCUUCCUAUGAAGAGAAGAUCGCCCAUUUUAGAAGAAGAAUCUAAGUCUGAAAAUUCAUCGACAUCUACUAACCAAGACCCAUCUGCUCCUCGCAAAGCAAAAUGUAGGCAUCAGAAAAUGAAUCAGAAUUUAAUUGACAAAAUUGUCGCUGGCUCUAAGAAGAAGAAAAAAGAAAAUAAGCGCAACCAUGAUAAAACAAGCAAUCAUAAGCCAGCACUUUUGCCGCCUGUUAUUGUUUAUCAAAGCAAAGGCAGCAUGAGCAUAUUAAAAGCUCCAUCCAUGCAAAUUAUAAACAGACUUUAUCUCCAAAGUAAGCCAAUAGACAAAACACCACGGGUAUGCAAGUGUGGGAAAACAGCCAGGUAUCGUCUUCCCAAAACGUUGGAGCCUUAUUGUUCUUUAGCGUGCUAUAAUGCACUUAUACCGAGUAACUAA